UAUAGACUCAACGAGUUGCUUCCCAUGGUUUGUAAAUUGUCAUUGGAACUCAUAAGAAGAUUGUUAAUAGGCUAAACUCGGCAUAAAAUGAACACAGACUCGCCACCUCUCCAUGACAUGGUCAAGGGCGUCUCCUGGCUGCUGGGAAAGUGGCGCUCAGAGGAGGGAAAGGGUUACUAUCCGACCAUUCAGAGUUUCACGUAUGGCGAGGAGGUCGAAUUUACGCAUGUGGGCCAGCCGAACCUCCAGUUUAGCUUCUAUUCCUGGCGCGCAGCAGAUAAGAAUCCACUGCACAGAGAGUUGGGCUUUGUACGGGUGAAACCUAACUCCAACCAGGUGGCGCUUAUUAUUGCAGCAAACAUUGGAGUGUGUGAGGUGGAGGAAGGCACGUACACGGACAACCACAUGCAACUCGAGUCUCACACUGUGGGUGGGCUGACGUUUAGAAAGCCUCCUGCUGUAAAAAAGGUGCGGCGAACAUUCACGCGUAAUGGCGACAAACUGGUGCAGGUUCUCGACAUGGAGACAGAGAACACGCCUAUGACAGAACACCUACGAAUCACAUACACAAAGAUAUGAGCAACAUUGUGGAAACUGGGCUUAAUGCAUGUGACUGAAGUGUCGUCUUAGAUUAACCUUCGCAGUCUGCUUCGUUUAAUUGAGUCUUUUCUAAAUGAAAAUCCAGUCCUAACUGGACUAAUUGCACAGACUUAUCUAGACGAUUCUGUACGCACAUGCAUUAAUUUUUGUAUUCGAACGGUAUACAUUGAUAGUGCACACAUGGUACAGAGGUAGUGUACUUACUCCAUUUACAUUAGUGUGUGUAUAAAAACUGUACAAUCAAUACUAACCAAAUCUGUAUUAUUCAACUGAUUUCAAUGUAUUUCUCUGGUACUUGACGUUGGUAAUAUGCUAAUUUAAACGUCCCAGUAGAGACUCUAAACAUUUAUUGUAUGUAAAACACUUAAUUGCUGUAUAUAAUGUUAUACAAUGAAGUUAUUUUAUAUUA